AUGUUUUUCAACCGAAAAGGCCGGCCCAUCGCCAAAGCAAUCGUCUUCGUCUGCGUGGUGUAUUUUCUUUUCGUUUGGUUCCCGCGCAGUUCGCCCGCCCCUGUCAAGCAGCAGAAACGCCCUGGAAAGCCCAUUUCGAGGAAAGACCCCGAACCGCCCAAAGAUGCCGUCCAUUUAACCAAACACCCCGAGCUCAACCCCGUGCCCGCCCAUAUUCCUCUGCCCAACGGCCCGGGGAGCAUUCCCCGCAUCCAGUUCGACUUCCCACCUGAAUCCCCCGAAGAUCGCACCGAAAGAGUUCGCAAGCAGGAGGCCGUGAAGAGCGCUUUCCUCCACGCCUGGAAUGGAUAUAAGGACCAUGCAUGGCUCCGCGAUGAAGUGGCGCCCACGAGCGGCCAGUUCGAGGACACUUUUAGCGGCUGGGGGGCCACUCUGGUCGAUUCGCUGGACGCCCUGGUCAUCAUGGGGUUGGAUGACGAGCUCGAACUCGCCCUGGAGGCUCUGAAUGAAAUCGACUUUACCACGACAACCAGUCGGGAAGUCAACGUCUUUGAGAUCGUUAUUCGGUACAUGGGAGGCUUCCUGGCAGCCCAUGACCUGACCAAUGGCAAACACCCGAUACUUCUCAAGAAGGCGGUCGAAUUGGGUGAAAUGAUCUUCAAUGCGUUUGACACGCCGAAUCGCAUGCCCCAGAUGCGCUGGAACUGGGCCAAGUCGGCCCGAGGCGAGGGAAUUUGGGCAUCUCCGCGCACCAGUCUGGCGGAGAUCGCUUCUUUGACGGUUGAAUUUACCCGUCUGACGCAGCUGACCAAAGACCCGAAAUACUUCGACGCCGUUCAGCGGAUCACGAACAACCUGCAGGAGGGCCAGGCAACAACCAGACUGCCUGGAAUGUGGCCGACCUUUAUCAAUGCCGAGAAACUCCGGUUCGAGGACACUUCAUUCAGUGUGGGAGGUUGUGCCGAUUCCGCAUACGAAUACUUCCCUAAAGAGCACAUUCUCUUGGGCGGCAAGACCGACCAGUAUCAGAAGAUGUAUGCGGAUGCCAUAGAGACCAUCAAGAAAAAGGUCAUUUUCCGUGCGAUGACCAAGGACGCUGAUCGUCGCGCGCUCUUCGCUGCCGACGUUUAUGUGCUUCGAGGCGGCGACUCUCAAUCCCUGCGGUAUGCGCCGGACCAUCUCAAGUGUUUCAUGGGUGGUAUGGUGGCCCUGGGAGCCAAGGUGUUCAACCGCCCCGACGACAUGCCGAUCGCUCGCGGGCUGACGGACGGCUGUGUCUGGGCGUAUGAUGUGACCCCGACGGGUGUCAUGCCGGAAUCGUUCCGCGUCAGUGCCUGUGAGAAUAUUGAUGUCUGUCCCUGGGACCAAAACAAGUGGUUUGCGGACAUCAUUGGGCGCCAUAUUGAAUUGGACGAAGAGCGCCAGAGAGCGCAACAAAAGGUCGAUGCCCAGAGGUUGCCGCCCGGCAUAACUGACAUUCGGGACCCAUCGUAUAGCCUCAGACCCGAAGCUCUUGAGUCUCUCUUUAUCAUGUACCGAAUCACCGGCGACAAGUCCCUUCAAGAUGCUGCGUGGCGGAUGUUCCAGAACAUCGAGAAGGCCACGCGCACCAAGUUCGGCCACUCCUCCAUUGCCGAUGUGCGCGACAAGGAGCCGAAGCUCAAGGAUAAGAUGGAGAGCUUCUGGUUGGCCGAGACGCUGAAGUACUUGUACCUCAUCUUCUCCGAGCCCAACCAUAUCAGCUUGGACGAAUACGUGCUGAGCACCGAGGCUCACCCCUUCAAGCGGCCGACUGGCCCUUCAUAA